AUGUCUGAUGAAAAUUGCGGUUGCCAAAAAACUUUCGAUUUCGUUCCAUCGAGUAUAACGGACGCAUUUGGAACGGUGUACGAAUCGAAUACGAUAAACGUAGAUUUCGGAAAGGUGCAAGUCGGAUUAAAGAAAUGGUUAAAAUUCCCAAUAAACAGAACUCAGAAUGAGAAUAUUUUCAAUAUAACCCGAGACCCAGAAACGAAUCCCAUCUACCAGGUGUUCGGCUUCAACAAGUACAAGAUCAAAGAGCAGGAUACGUACUUGAAAGUCUUCUACUUGCCGGUCUUCGCUCAAACCAUAAACAUCGACUACUUCGAUAUCACGGAUAGUUAUAAUAACGUGACCAGAGUUUGCGUUACGGGCGAAGGUGUUGGACCGGAAGUUCGAGCCUCCAGAGAUUUCCUAAAGUUUCAUGUUUUCGGUGAUAGGAAGGUGUGCAAACAUACGGUUGAAUUAAAGAACGAUUCUGAGGUGGAAGCUCAGUUUUCGAUGGAAGGAUGUGAUGCUUUCAAUGUGGAUAAGACUUCUGGAACAAUUGCAGGAAACGGUUACGUCUACGUGAAUAUCACUUACAUUCCAAAAGCUUUAGGUACACAUGUGCAAAAUUUGGAAUGUUUAGUUUUGCAUCAGCAACCUCUCAUAAUUAAGCUGCUUGGAAUUUGUUCGGAAAAUGAUGUUAUUCAGGAACAGAUGAUUGACUAUCCGGAUGUUACAAGUCCUGGAUCAUUCAAUAAGUAUAUGGGUGAUAUUCAGACUUGUUUAGAGUCUUUCCCUUUGGUUUCGUUAAGUGAAAAUUAUUUGGACUUUGGAGCCGUUCAAUGUCUUAACGAUGAAGUCAAGAAAAUAUCUAAAACUAUGGUAACUUCAUUGACUAAUCAUGGCGCAUAUUUUAUAACCAUUCAAUGGGAAAGUAGCAAUGAUGAUAAUUUCGAUAUUUUUCCAAAAUCGUUGGAAAUCCCUGGCGACGAAUCCGCCCUUUUUGAAGUUGUAUUUAAACCAGAUAAACCAGAUAACGUAUAUUCAAGAACACUAAUAGGAAAUGUACAUUGGAAAGACGGAGGAGACGCUAUAUUACAUAUUCCAAUACCAAUAACUCUUCGUUUAACAGGUCAUUCUUUUGCCGAAAACACCUACUGGAUUCCUCAGCUUGAAAUCGAACCGGAAGUGAGUAUUCUGCCACCCGCGUUGCCAGGAUACCCAUCGUUCCAAACGUUCCUCCUAAAAACCAAAGGUCACCUUCCGGUUUUGUACAAAUUUCUACCGCCGAAAAAAUCGAAUUUCAUAGUGAAACCUGCGAUGGGUCUGGUGCAAGGUUUUCAAGUUAUGGUCGUGCAAUUGUGCACAGAGGUGCAAAGCAACAAUAAGAAUGGUAAGAUUUACGUGGAGCAAUGGUGCUUGCAGCUGAACGGUCAGAAAACGCACAAGAUCCCUUUCUAUCUCAAGGGAUUCGCCGAACGUCCGAAGAUGAUGAUCGGCGAUGAAAACGUUGUGAAGUUCACUGCGAUUCAAAGUGGUUGCAUGCAGAAACAGUUGGUGCCGAUAAGGAAUAAGAGUCAACAUUACUUAAAAUAUGAGUUCUUGAUUAGCACUGAAAAGUUAGAAAUACCUGAUGCCAACGGCGAAUUGGCGCCGAAUGAACGUAAAUUGAUCGAAUGGAGUUACAAGACAACUGGAAGUGAACUCACCAUACACACUAUAACCUGCAAAUGCUAUGCCAUGGAGAAGAUGAAGGCUAUCCAAGGGGAACCAGUAGAAAUUGACGUCUCAGUGUACACCGAUUCUUCGUUCUCCGAACUCUGCUCUAUUCCGAACAGCUUCAAUCUGGGACUAGUUGAAUGCCAUUCGCAGCACUCGACGAAAUUCGUGUUGCGAAACUUUGGAUUCUCCGUCAUACAUUUCAGUCUGAUUGCCAAAGACCACAACGGAAAUAUUCAUAAAGAUAUAUGCUUGAUGCCUUCACGUGGAAGCUUAGAACCUGAUGGAGAGUUGUCCAUUAACGUGCACUACGUAGUUGAAAAUACUGGGCGUCAUUUGGUGAGGGUGUAUUACUUGCUCAGGAUGUGGGAAAACUGUUGCAGUUCUCACUUGGACUACGAGAAACUAAUCUUUUCUUUAACUUGUCAGAGCAGUUAUCCAGUGGUGCAAAUUGUGGAUAUUGCCAAUCAUGAUUUCGGACCGCUCUUUACGAAAUCUACUUUAUGGGAGUUGAUGAAUAUAGAUGAAUUGAACAAGAUUUUGCGAACUAUUAAGAAAAACGAGAAGGCUGCCAUUUUGUUGGAGGUACCGGAAGUGGAAUUGGGCAGCGAUACUUUAAAAGCAAUCUUCAUGUUUCGCAACGAAUCAGUCUUCCCUACAGAAUUAUGUCUCAAACGUAAGCAGCUAUGUCACUGCGAACUGCAGAAGAUCGAGGAUUCGAUUUCUGUGAGAAAAUUGCGCUUCAAGUGUCCGCAUCGCGAAGUCUUACAUCUUGACAUGGAUGAAGGCGCAAUUGAAGUUAAAACCUCUUUCUCCGCCAAGUCCGUCCAGACGUUGCACAUGAAGGCCAGAUAUUAUUUACAAGGAACCACUCAUCUGUCGUACGACCUCUUCCUCGCUCACAACAGGUGCAUCCAGCUGGAUUUCAAGGUCACCGCCGUCGCGGAUUAUGCGUUGAUCGCGUCCCGCUAUGAUCUGAGCUAUUGUGUGAUGUUUGACGAUGUGUGCUUGAGCGAAUUUGAUCCUUGCACUCAGUGUUUCUGGUUAUAUAACAAUGCAAAUAAAAUUGUAGAGCAUAGCUUGGAAACCAUCUCCCUCGACAUGAUCAACAUCGAUUACGGCUUCAACGUAUUAAGCUGUCUGAAUCCAACUGGUGAAAUCAUGAGUUACUCGUCAAAACCAUUGAUUUUCACCAUAAAACCAAUAGAAUUGAGGACUAUUAAUCUUUGUCUACCUUUAAACCUUGGCGAAGAAAGAAUCUAUCUGAGGUUCAGCUCCACCGGAAAAAGCGUCUUCAUUAAUAAAGAGAAGAGCAAAAUUUUCGCUCCGCUGACUGUAUAUAACGAAGAAGUUCCCAUCACGCUCUCCCAGGACAAAUUGAUCUUGGACCCAUUUCCAGUGUGGAGUUACGUGACCAGGAUGAUUUUCAUACGAAACAUGACGAAAAACCGGAUAAUUGGUUAUUCGUGGAAUAAUUGCAAAUUGGAUGGUAUAGUGGAUAUUAAAGUGAAUUGUCGAAAAGGUGUUUUAAAGCCACGCGAAUCUAAGAGCGUCAUUAUUCAAGUGAAAUCGUUCGGAAGACCUUGCAAAACGAGACUGCAGCUUCCGUGCAAACUGUUGGAUCACAGUCUUUAUUACAAGCAUAGAAAAACUACGCAAGAUUACAAUGCGCGACAAGAGGAGAUCAAUCUGGAAUUUACCAUCACCGAAAAUGGAACUUCUUUCCCUAUCAAUGAAAUUGAAAUAUUUCCAUGUCCUAAACAAUUCUAUGUCGGCAUCGCUAUUGACGUGACCAUAACGAGUAUUCACGAUCGCGAUUUGCACUACACACCGAUCCAACAAAUGCAACAAUCUCCUCACAGCCAUCUGGAUUACCAUCUGGAUUCGGUGGUAUUCAAAUGCGUGUCGAAUUUGGAGCACGACGUGGAUAAACCAAUAAAAUCCCGAAUAAUAUCGUUGCGUGACAUGGAAACGCAAAUGAGCAAAACGGUCGAUGUCAGUCUGCAAUCGACAGAAAGUGACACCACCCAAGAAUCGGAGAGUGCAGGGAUUGAUUUACUAGAGAAAACAAUGGAGUGUAUCAUGGGGGACGUCAUUUUCUCUGAGCUGUUUAAAGAGUUUCUGGGAAUGUACAAAAGAAAAUCGAUUCUGUACUAUGAGCAAAUCAAGAAUAACCAAGAGAGAGAUUACGAGAGGCUGGCGAAGGAGUUGUAUACGGAUCCGCAGCUGGAUGAAAUCUCUCAGGUGUUGAGUGAGGUCAUGACAGAUAGUCUUCACGACAUGUUUCAAUUGGGACCGCAGGGAAAGACGUCGCCAGAUAUGGAGAAGUUGGCGAAGGAAUUGGAAAUUAAUUACGAGAAGGAAUUAACUGUAGAGCAGAAAACGUGUACUUGUCAUAAAUAA